CACCAGUGGGAGGAGGAUAACUGAUAAAUGUUGGCGAACAUGCUCACACAGGAGAAACCAGCCAAAGAUCCACCGGGACUUCUGAGGAUUCUGUGCUCUGGACUGGGAUCCACGGACCAGGACGUGGCGUGAAACACCUGGAAGGUGAAACUGCUGAGUGAGCAUGAAAACCCAAAGAGAAGUUUCUGAUUCAAACAGUUUGUCAACUGUUAGAGUCCCUGGAGAACCUGGGAUUAUUUAAUCCAAAGUGAAGUCUUCAGAUUGAGCUGUAAUCCUGUAAAGAAACCGUCUCCUUCGGGUCUUCAGAGAGACGGCGCCCAGCAGGACUGAUAAGAUUAUCAAUCAAACCCUGGAAAAAUCUGGACUCGGCUCUGUGCGGUCAUGAACGGGGGAAAUAAUCUCAUAAACUGGCGGGAACUGGAACCCAGCUAUCCGGUGAAAAUCUUCAUGACCGUCCUCUACAGCCUGAUGCUGCUGACGGGGAUUGUGGGUAAUUCCAUCACCAUCAGAGUCACACAGGUGCUGAAGGACAAGGGCUACCUGCAGAAGAACGUGACGGACCACAUGGUCAGCCUGGCCAGCUCCGACCUGCUGGUGCUCCUCAUCGGCAUGCCCGUGGAGCUGUACAGCGCCAUCUGGUUCCCCUUCAGCGCCGCGUCCGGCGACGCCUCCUGCAAGAUCUACAAGUUCCUGUUCGAGCUGUGCAGCUACGCCACCAUCCUGAACGUGGCCACACUCAGCUUCGAGCGCUACGUGGCCAUCUGCCACCCGUUCCACUACAAAACCCUSAGCACACGGCGGACCUCCGCCCUCAUCGCCUUCGCCUGGGCGGUGUCCGUCCUGGUGGCCCUGCCUCUGCUGUUCUCCACCGGGACCCAGGGGUACAUACCCAGCCGGGAGAACCGGCCGGUUCAGAACCUGACCUUCUGCACCAACCUGAGGGAGCACUGGGUGAUGUACAGGACCAGCAUCUUCGUGGCGUUUGUCGUCUACAUGAUGGUGUUGGUCUGCGUGGCCUUCAUGUGCCGGGCCAUGAUCCUGGUUCUGCGCAGRCCUUUGGGGUCCGUGGAUAAAGGCAUCAAUGGGGCUCAAAACAUCGCCAAGCACGAAAGCUCCGUGGUCAAGACGGCCAGGAAGCAGACCAUCAUUUUUCUGGGUCUCAUCGUUGGAUCUUUGAUGGUCUGCUGGCUCCCCAACCAGAUCAUUCGUUUCAUGAUGGCCACCGUGUCCAAGUCCGACUGGACCCCGUCCUACCUGCGGAGAAUCGCCACGCUCCACCUGGUGGCCGACGUCUUCUUCUACCUGAGCUCCGUUCUCAACCCCUUCCUCUACAACCUGUCCUCGCGGCAGUUCCGGCAGGUGUUCGUCCAGGUGCUGCGGUGCCGCCUGACCAUCCAGCACGUCAACAAACGCGCCCUGCAGCAGCAGCCCCGCCCCUCGUCCGCUCACUCCCUGCAGCCGCUGCUGCUCCGGUCGCUGCGCCGCAACAAGACGGCUCCGCCCACUUUCACGGCGAGUCAGAGCGACUCGGGCGUGUUUUCAAACAUCAGUCAAAGCGAAGAGGCAGACGGGACUCUUAAAGCCAUCCUAGAUGUUCCWUCAGAGACAGAAAUAUAACAAAAUGCACCGAACAUUGACUCAAACAGCUUUAUUCAUGUCGGUCUGUCGGCACAAAACAUCUAAUCACAGUCACUCAGAAGUUUGUCCUUAUUUCAUAAUGAACUUUAAUAAUAAAUAAAUGCAACUUCAGCAG